UUAUAGAGAAAGAAAAUCUGGGCCCUAGGUACAUGUUAUGACGUUUUUAUGAAGGUAGUUAGACUGUUGAUACUAUGUUUCGUUAUCUUCCGUAUACAAAUACAAUCACUAGAUUAUGGAAUUAUUGACUUGAAUAGGGAUGGCCUCUCUAGUGAUUGUAUUUCUUUGUUUUUCCACCUACAACACUAGGAGAAGUAGAACAGGGACAUACAGACAGCAGGGUUGGCAGACAUCUGUCACUUUCUUAUCGUGUGUGUGUGUGUGUGGAGCAAAGUUUUCUUCACUUUUCUGUUAGGUAAUUAUAUUGUUUCUAAAUCAUUCUAUAUUUCAAUAUGUAUAUUAUUGACAAUGUUGCACCUGCUGCUUCCACUGUGGACUGUAAUUAUAAUGUAAAGCUUGACAGGUGUGGGUUUGGUGUUUCUGUUCGUAAUUGUUCAGUAAGUAAUUUGUGAGUGUAAAGACUAUAUUGUGUUUGUGGCUCCCUGUUUCUGUGUUGGUAGGUACACAGCCCCAGCUGUGAAUUAUGUGUCACUUGGUGACUGUGUGUAUGGUGUGAGCCCUGGCUAGACUAGAGCGGUGUGCAUGUGUGUGUCAAGAGGGCUGAGGCAGCAGAAUCCACUGCAGUCUGGAGGGAUGUGAUGAUGAUGAGAGGGAGGGGGUAAACACACACACACACGCACACACAUACACACACACACACUUAGAGACAGGCGCAUGAGUGAAUAAACACACAUUUUAACGAGGUGGUAGUGGCACUCGCAUAAAUACACACACACACACCUCGUGGGUGUAUGAAUCGUCGCUGGAGCUGUCACUGUCGCCUGAUCCUGGGACGGAGAGGAAAAGAGGGGGAGAAAGGAGGAGUGUAAACAAGAGGAGAGAAUGAGAUAAGAACAAGAGAAGAAAGGGAGAAAAAGAGAAGGAAAGAUACAGAUGAGGAAGAGAGGAAUAGUGCAGAUUGGAGGAGAAAGGUAAAUAAAGAUGGGAGAAAAGAGGAGUGUGGACGUAGCAGGUUGACAUUUAUUGUCUUGUCCUUGAGGCAGAAGUGAACGAUUUCUGCUAGACAGUCCAGCUGCAAAGUCAAAAAAAUUGUCAAAAUGUAAAAUUUCAAGGUUAGGGGUAUGGUUAGAAUUAGGUUUAAAAUCUGAUUUUAUGACUUUGUGGCUGUGCCAGAUAGUGGCCACUGCAGAGCUGCCUCCAGAACAUGAUUCAUGAGGAAAAACGGUAACUUGUGUGGACGAAUAGAGAUAUUGAUAGACACCGAGGAGAGAGGAACUGUGAACAGAGAGACUGAUUGAUAGAGCGAGGUCAUAGCAGGAGUGUGGUUGGAGAAAGAGAUUGAUAGACCGAGCGAGGGAGGAGAGGAGUGAUGCGGUGGAAGAGAAGGAGGUCUCCAGGACAGGGGAGGCCGGAGGAGGAGAAAGGCUCUGACACAACAUUCACCAUGCCCUUCUUUAGUAGAGCCAACACCAACUUGGACGCAGAGUCGAAGCGUAGUGCGGCUUCGUCGUCGACGGCGACAUCGGCCCACUUCCGGUCUCCAUGGCAACAGAGCGUGAAUGUGUUUGGCUCGUGGAGCAGGCCGGACUGUGUUCAGGAGCUCCAUCAGGAGGCUCAGCUUAACCUGCAGAGCCUGCUGCAAGACUUUGAAGAGCAGCUGUAUGACACCAAGCUAACAGGCCAGACGUUCCGCCACCCAACAGCUUCCUCCCAGAGUUCUGACGACACGUCCACCACCCUCAGUCGCUCCCCUGUCUCCCUCAACAACAAGAGACCUGAAUUCAUCUUCCUGCCGGCGUCUAAGGGUCAGGUGUGUGAGGAGGAUGAGACCUCCUCAGUAAAUAUCAGUAGGGGUACAGACCCGUCCCCCUCUCCUUCCCCAUCCCCCUGUGGGUCAGAUCGCCCUCUAGUGGGGUGGAGCAGCACCUCCCUGGGACCCCCCGUGGCCGAGAAACCUCGUUGGCACCUGGGACGACGCACCCCCGCUCACCUGCUAUCCCUCGACAUCACAGGUGAGGGUAAACUCUUGGGCGUAGACCUCCUCCAGGGAUCCUGUUCCCCCUCUCCGUCCCUGGGCUGUGGAGGAGGCCAGCCCCGGUCUCUGGAGCCUGUCACAGACACCCCUGUCCAGCACAUACCCCUGAGAAAGACCCACAGUGACCUGGACCCCAGCUUCAGCCUUCCCCAGUCCCCCAGGAACCCCCCUCCUACCCUGGGCACCAUGGACCACUCUGCCGCCCUCCUCUGCUCCAACUCCCCCUCUCAGUCCUGGAACGGCCCCAAGGGCUCCACCUUCUCCCCGGGAGCCUGGAACGAGGCUUAUAGUUAUAGUUUAGCUCCAAGUCCGCUGGGGAAGGGACCGGCGACCAUGCCCAAGGGAGCAAGGAUGGUGGGGAUGGUUGCGGGGCAGGGUGGGGAGUUGAUGUGCCCCUCUCAGACCAGUUUGGGACUCUCCGUGAGCUCGGGGUCGCAGUCUCACUCUAGUUCGUUCACGUCAAUAUCAGAACCUUCCGGACACAGGCACCCAGGCACCAUAGGGAUGAUGAUGGGGAGGCGGAGCGAGACGGAGGGGGCGGCAUCUAGCCCCACUGACGAACGGAGUGGUCUGGAGAGAGGGAUGGGAGGAGUCGAGAGAAGGGAGAGGUCGGCGCGUUCUGUCGCCGCCGCCAAUGCAUUUAAGUUCCGUGAGCGUUCUCUUUCCACGCCGACGGAUUCCGGCUCGUUCUGCUCCACGGACAACAUCUGCGGCGGGAUGUACGGCCUUGGUGGACUACCUGGAGCCGGUAAUGGGACAAACGGGAACGGUGGCGGCGUUUUAACAGAGAUGCGCCACCCACACCACCAUUACCCUGGCGGCGAGGGGGGUGAGAGGGGCGAGAGCUAUGCCCUCUUCUACCCCAGCGGGAGCUCCGAGGAUGGGAGCAACAGCAUUGACAACGUCUCUGUAACCGACGGCAACUUCACCCCGGGCGGUCGCCUACGGUUACGUUCUCGCUCCAUCUCGCUGAAGAAGUCCAAACGCAAACCCCCUCCACCCGUCCGGAGCGUCUCGCUCGUGAAGAAUUUAGGAGACGCCGAGGGGCGCGUGCAUGGCCACAACGGAGGGCACUACCGGGACGGCCGCCCCAAAUCCCUGCACAUCCCCCGGGACCACCUCCAGGACUUCCAGCCAGACUUCCUCCUACCCUCCUCCUCCCUCUCCAAGGCCGAUCUGGAGGAGCCUGAGCUGGGCCACGGCGGCGUGGACGGACCCCCAAGCCUCGAGGUCCAUGGACCAGACACAACAGAGCUGUCCUUCCCAGCCCACUGGCAGCUGGAGGAGUGGAAAGCUUCUGACCCCUACAGGUCGUUGUCUGGGUCUAGUACAGCCACAGGGACGACUGUUAUAGAGUGCAUGAAGGUUCGGGGCAGCUCCGAGUCUCUCCUGGACUCUCCCUCCACCUCCAGAGCCACCUCCCCCUCCCUGCUCUCCAUUGAGGCAGAGUCGACCAAAGCUUCCUCCCCCUUCAAGCCACCAGGACUCAUGUCCCCCUCCAGCGGCUACUCUAGCCAGUCAGAAACUCCGACGCCCAUCACCCCCUCCAACCAGGUGGUAGGAACACCAACAGGGCCCGCCUGCACGUUGGGGUGUAAGAUGCGCCCCAAAAUCCCAGAGAGGAAGUCUUCGUUGCCAGCUACAUCACCACGGGACCCUGCCGCCCGAUCGAGGCUGUCCUUCGAGAUGCCGGUUAACGCUCAUCUGGAUUUGUCCUCCAUCAAACCAAAACAGAAGGCCAGCCGGCGCCAUUCUGACACGUCCACCGCCAGUAAGCCCGGUAAACUGAGUGCUGGAAGCCAAUCAACUCUCCCAGUGGUGACCACGAACGAGCUCCGGAACAUCCGCCUGCGUUCUGUCUCCCGUACUGACCUGGAGGACUGCCUUGAUGGAGCCUCUAAUGACAUCAUUGAGGAGGAGCAGGGUCGCGACCUUUCCCCCCCUCCUGUCACCCCCGGUUGCAUCCCCGGCCCCCUCGUUGCCCCCAGACCCAAACCCCCUGUGGCCUUCAAGCCCCCAUUACCCAAACGCCCCCUCAACAUCCUCCUCAAGUCCCCUUCCUCCUCCCCCAUUGCUUCCGACUCCCCCUGCCUCCCCUGUUGACCCUCCCCGGCACAUGCCUAACCCCAGCAUCUACAUGGUGGUAGGUAGGAAGCCCAAGCUGAAGAAAGCCUUCCCUCACACCCCCACCAGCCCCUUUAGACCCCAGGAACAUCCCCAAACCUUCCCCCUCCACUACCCCCAGAGCCUCUACGA